AUGACAAUGAAUGAAGACUUCAACUUCGCCGAGCUUUGUCGGCUCUGUUCAUUGAAGAGCAACAAUCAGCUGCAGAUAUUUGAUAAGGAAGGCGAACAGCGUCAAUUACUUUUCAAGAUACGUUCCUGUAUUCCUGCUGUGAUUACCAAGGAGGAUGCCUUGCCGAAAAAUAUAUGCCAGAGAUGCGUCUACAAGUUGGAUAUGUUCUACGAAUUUCGUGUAAGCUGCAUGACGACUGACACGGUGCUGAAAAAUUACGCAGACAGCUUAAAGCAACUCGCCGCAUCGGUUAACAGCCAGGCUGCUGAUAAGGACAAGAUGUCAGGCGGUGGACAACAGCAGCAACAACAGCGCUCGGCUUACGUCGAGGCGCAUGCUGUAGCUCACGCUGCCGUUCAGCAACACAUGGCACAGCAAGCUGCUCAGGCACGACUAGCCGGACCUGGACCUCCUGCAGCACCACAGCCGCCCAAUCCGACAUUUACUCUGCCUGACGAUGGACUAGGAUACGACGAUGGGGUUCGGGUUCUUCGUUCGAUCGGUACUUGGUCGCCUGAUUACUCUGCAGCCAUGCGCCCUGGCGGUGUGAUGCCGGCAUUUCCAAGCACGACGGAUCAGCAAUUCGCCGGUGCGAGAGGUCCUACGGUUAAUCAGCCUCCACGCACCACGAAUACCGUCGGGAUACGACCGGGUUCUGCUUCGAAGGCUACCAAUACGGGAGAACCGACGACGAAGGCCUUCGCCUGCACUGUUUGCGGCAAGGGUCUUGCUCGUAAAGAUAAACUCGUGAUUCACAUGCGGAUACACACCGGCGAGAAGCCGUAUUCUUGCGAAGUGUGCGGCAAAGCGUUCGCGCGACGCGAUAAAUUGGUCAUUCAUAUGAACAAGCUCAGGCACAGACCUGGCGCUACACCUCUCUCGACGCCCACGGCUCCCAGCACGGAUCAGCAGCAACAGCAACAGCAGCAGGCACAGCAGCAGCAACAGCAACAGCAGCAGCAGCAACAACAGCAGGCGCGUCAAGACGCUAUUCAGAAACCUAAGGAAGAGCCUGUCAGCUGGGCUUGCGAAUUAUGUGGGCGCACCAUGGCCACUAGGGAGGAAUGGAUGCAGCAUGCAAGAUCUCACUUGGAAGUUUCGGCACCACCUCAGCACGCAGCCGCAUACUUUCCUGGAUCUGCAGCACCGCCACAACCCUAUGCCUCUGAGAGGCACUUUUGCCUAAUGUGCCGUACUGAUUUCACUGACAAGGCUGAGUUCAUGUUCCACGUACGCUCCCACUUUGAACCUCACGCUCAGCAAACUCCUACUCAACAUACGAGCGGCAAGCAGGGUGGUGAUCCUGCUACCGCAGAACUUAUUGCACGUGGACUCGUUGAUCCCUCGGGACUUUGCAGCUAGAACCACCCUCCUACUUAUCAUUACACACCGUCGAUCCGUGUCUUACCAUAGUACAACUUCUUGACUCCACAUUGACCAGGACCUCAGCAUAGCAUGGAAUGCAUAUUGGCGAACGUAAUGUUAUAAUAUUGUCUUAUUAACAAAGGAUACGCGGUGGCAUGUAAUCAAAUUUUACUUACUGGACGAGUAGGUGACCCUACGAACUUUGUGAAUGUGUUUAUUUAAUAAUGUGAUUUGUGUUGUUUGUGAAAUCUGUCAUUAUGCCGGUUUCAAUAGAAUAUCGUGUGACAAGGGAUGAAACAUGACGAUUUCAGACUAGAGUGAAGUUGGCUGCUCGAGCCGUAGGCGAGGGCUGACAUCACUCGAAGUUUGAAAUCGUAUUUUGUCACGUGCCACACACUAUAUUUUUCAUAUUACCUGUAUUGAAACUCGUCGUUUCAAUGUAGGUAAUACGAAAAACAUUUUUUUAUCAGAAUCUGAGUGAACUAGUUAGUAUUAGCCAUACAUGACAUAUCAUUGAUAACUUAUCUUUUUCAUGAUUGUUGACGAACGUGCCAAAGCGUAUUCUUUACAUCCAAUAAGCCUCCCUUCUAUGAUAUCUUACAAGAUCCUUAGGUACUGACUUGAUGCUAUUGUAAAAGUACCAUUAUAUUUGCACUAUCAUGUCAGUAUCUAAACUACUGUAAUUAUCCGUUAGUGUACGAUUUUAUAUAAUCAGCUUUACAGAUUUAAUUGGCCUUCCUUUUGCAGUGUCUACUCUUUUAACACAACUGGUUUGUUCUCAAUGCGGGUAAGGGAAUAUAUCCCUAUUCGAAGAAUUAUAUAUAUAUAUAUAUACACACACGCACGAUUAAAUUAUCUCCGUCCUGUUAGUACUCGACAGUCCGAUUCAGGACUUUAGAUCACUUUGGUCCACUCUGCGAGGUAGAAGACUAGACAUGUCAAGUUAUUAGUAAUUAUCAAAAAUUUUAUUUCACCGUGACAUGAGAUCGCAUUAAUACUAAGGGCUGAACGCAAUUUUGAGAUAAAAUAUUAUUUUAAUUGUAAUUUUACCUGUCGAGGUGUUUUAUUUCAGUGAUAAUGAGAGAAAUCAAGUAAUAGAAUUGAAGACAGAGGGGGAUAUAAAGAUAAACCUGAAAUAUUCAUAUGAAACGUUAACGUUUUCUCUUUCGUUGGGAAAUUUUGCAUUGCGAACAAACUGUAACUUCCAAAAAUCGCGUAAGAAAGUCUUACACAGCGCUUACUUCCCAAUUGUCUCCGUAGAAUUAGGACAUUAGAUACCAGUAGAUUGCGCUAAGAAUUUUUAAGCUGCCGUGCCUCCUGUCUCACGUAGAACUUAUUAUACUUUUGAAUCAUCUUUAGUUUUUAUGUAAUAUAGCCAAAAAAAAUUUGACUGAGUACUAAUCGUAGUUGACUGUAAUAAUUAUCGUUUUGUGUAAUAAGUUUUAAAGAAGAAAAAAAAGAAGUUGAUCAGGUCCAUAAACAUAAGAAAUAUUCCAACAGAGAAACCUUAGGAGAACUAUGGAAUCUAAUGGUGCUUAGAUUACGUUAAUAUACGUUCAUUAAUUCCUUUCGCAUUCUUCUAAUUGCCAUUUAUUGUUUAGUUGAUCCUUCUUUUUUUCGUUAUCAAUCCACUUUAUUAUGCGUUUAAAGUUAUUAUCUAGGUAUAUUGCGUUUGGUAUAACGACGCCGUGUAGCAUGAUCCGCUAAGUCUGUUGACAUGCUAACUUCUAUUUCUUUUUCGUAAAAAAUUGGUUUAAAAGGAGUUAGAAGUAGAAUUUUUUAUUGUUAGAAAUUUGCACAAAAAAAUGUGAACGUGCAGUAUUUAUUUGUCACGAUGCAUCAGAACUCUAACGCAUUUGGUCUCAUGAUUUUUAAUUUUAUUGUGUCGGAGAUUCUGGGAGGAAUUUAAAAAAGUUACAUUCUCUAGAAUAAGAUGCAUUUGCAAUUUCUAACACUUAUCGGGUAUUCCGCAUACAAAACAAGCGCAUUAUGUUAUUCUUUAGAUACUCAACAAUAAUUUACAUCCAUCGUAUAUGCUAAUAGGGAGUCAUCAUUUUUUUUAAAUUACUGUAUUUCUCACCGAGCAAUCAGAUUCCAUUGAUCCCGAAAUGGGUUUCGUGUAUUUGAAUUCCAGUGUAUUAACAUUAAUCGGUCGCUGUGGGGUAUCAAUAAGGAAAGAAAGAGAAAAAAAAUGAGUAAAUAAAAAAUAUCGCAAAUAUCGCAAAAGACUGCAAUUCGCAAAGUUGCAUAAGAUUUUUUUGUUAGAAAAAUCCAUAUUAUAAGUUGUGUAGAAAUACGCGUACAAUUGUUAUAUGGCGUCAAUCAACAGUGUACUCAACGUAGUUUCAUAAAAGCGAGCACCUACGGUUAUUCCAUUGAGUAUUACGAUUAUAUGUGAAAGUGCAAUCAAAUUCAAAUCAAAGUGACAUUUUCUUUAUAUCGCACCCGUAGGACGACUAGUUGUUCGCACUUGAAUAUGAAUUUUUUGUUAAAAAUUUUAAUCGCUGGUUAAAAUGGGCCACGCGCUACUCGCAAAUUAGCUAGGUUGCCAACUAAUUAACUGACUUAGCAUAGAAACGUAUGCUUCGGUGUUGAUCGCUACCAAGAGAAGCGUAGAGACAAUGAAGGAUAUCUUGGCAUUGGUCACGAUCAUUUUCACGACAGUGUGUUUCUUCGAUCUUUCAUUUCCCUAUUUUUCUUCUAAUUUUUCGUUACUCACCAAAUCACCAAGUUACUAAGUCGAUCGCAGGACGCGAUCGAGAUCGUUCGUCGGGAUAUUGAGGAUCGAAGGGGCUUUCGGCAUCCUGGAACACAUUGGAUGCAUAGUGCCUUCUCUCUGGGACUUGUUAACCUGCGUUCAUGAUAACUCUGCGUCAACGUGUCGGGAGGCACACUGGCAUAAAAAGAAAUAAAGUAAAGCAUAAAUAAGUUAAGUUAGCAUUACUCGUUUGUUUUCUGUUGUGAGGAGUGUGAAUGUUCGAUGCCACUGCCUCUAGCAGCUGUUCUAGACUACUUUUAUACUGUUGAUGUCACACGCAGCUAAUCAGAGUCAGUAUAUUACUGCCAUAAUCAUACCGUAAUAUGUAUACUCACUAUACCUUUAUAAAUAAAAAUAUCUAAAAUUAUUA